GGUGGUAGGGCAGGCUGUGCUUAUCAAAAUCGGCUCCGCGUCGAGGCGAUUCGAUAGUUUGUGCUAAACGUUCGGCGACGUGAGUGGACGUGCCCGCGUUGACGGAGUUAUUAUCAUUUGUAGGAAAAUAAAUAAUACGUCAAGAUGACUAGCGUAGUAGCAGAUCUUGUACAUGGAUACAGGGAUCUAAUGGACAACAAGUCCGAUCCAAGGGUGAACGAUUGGGCGAUGAUGAGCAGCCCAUUUCCGACCGUACUUAUAUGCCUGAGUUACGCGUACUUUAGUAAAGUAAUAGGACCAAGGCUAAUGGAGAACAGAAAGCCCUUCAAUCUGAGGCACGUCCUUAUCGUCUACAAUUUCAUACAGACAGUAUUUUCAACAUGGAUAUUCUACGAGUACCUGAUGAGCGGCUGGGCGAGAGGAUACAGCCUGAGGUGUCAGCCAGUCGAUUACUCAAACAAUCCGUUGGCCCUGAGGAUGGCAAACACUUGCUGGUGGUAUUAUUUCAGCAAGUUCACAGAAUUCUUUGACACGCUCUUCUUCAUCCUGAGAAAGAAGAAUCAGCACGUGUCCACCCUCCACGUGAUUCACCAUGGCGUUAUGCCAUUCUCGGUUUGGAUGGGGAUGAAGUUUGCACCGGGUGGCCACAGCACGUUCUUUGCCUUACUAAACACCUUCGUUCACAUCGUUAUGUACUUUUAUUACAUGGUGGCGGCGAUGGGUCCCCAGUAUCAGAAAUACAUAUGGUGGAAAAAGUAUCUGACAACGAUGCAGAUGGUCCAAUUUGUGAUGAUAAUGACGCACCAGUUCCAACUUCUGUUUACGGAGUGCGAUUACCCGAGGAGUUUCAUGAUCUGGAUCGGUCUCCACGGAGUGUUGUUCCUCGGUUUGUUCUCCGACUUCUACAAGACGAAGUACACACGGGUUAGGUCUGAUGUAAAACGAGAAGCAAACUCAGGCGGUUGCAUGCCAGUCUUAGAAGACGAUACGAAACCUCAUCAAAAUGGUGUAUCGUCGUAUGCAACGAUUUACAACAAGGAGUACAACAGUUGUUACAGCAAUGGAACGAACAAUGGAUACGUAGCUAAUAAUAAUACGGAGAAAAAAGUGGCCUAAAAUCAAUCGACGAUAAAUAUUAAAAAAGUAAAAAAAUCACUCGCGUGUGAGAAAAAAAAAAAAAAAAAAAUAAUUAAAUAAACAAUAAUCGAAGAAAUAAGUAAACGAACGGGAAAAAAACCAAACAAAGAACAAAAACUUGUGUAAUUACUGAUCGCAGUUACAUGAAUAUCUGGCGAACCAGUUGCUACGCAUUUCUCAUUGAAAAAAAUUAAACAACAAAAAAUAUAAUGAAAUUAUAUUAAACAAAUUACGACCACAAUCACCACCACCGCCACCACCACCGCCACCACAACUACUACUACCACUACCACUACUACUUCUACUAUUAUGCCGCUACCACUACUUCAUCUGUGUGCGACUCGAACUAUUAGUUAAUAACUGUCAUCAAUCGCCGCAUCGAAAAUGAACUUAUGACGCGCUAUUAUAUUUCGCUGAAUAGAAAAUAUUUGGGCACACAGUAAUAAAUAAUCUAUCGAUUAUAUUAAAGAUUAUAAAUAAUUGUAAUAUAUAACGCGUUGUGCUGGUUUUUAUAUAUUUUUCGAUGGGUGGGGAGAGGGGGGGGGGGGAGGGGGGAUACUUGGGAGAGUGUGUGUUAGUCGCGCAAAUUAAAUAAAAUAUAUAUAAUAUAAAUAAACGAUUGAUUAAUAAGUGAAAUAGCAAAAAAAAAAAAAAAAAAAAAAGACACAACAGAAAGAAAAUAUGAGUUGGGAAAAAAAAAACAACGGUAUAAAUAAUAUUGAUAAUGAUAAUUCGUGUGUUCCGCCUAGACGCUCUACAUCUAUGGCCUCAUAUUUCUUCUGCUCCCACAAUACGUGUUAUAUGUUUGGCUAUAUAUACAGUAUUCGACAACUAAGUUCGUGUGUUCAAAUUCAAAUAUACGUAACAACGUGCGUGCUUCACGUAUUUUUCUUUUUGUCUCUUACUGUAUAUAUGCGAUGUAUAUAUAUGAUGUAUAUAUAUACACACACACACACACACUACACGGUAAAUAAUGAUUAGCACUAUUGUUACAAGUUUCAGAUUUAAUUAAUUCCGGCCCUCUCUAUUAUUGUUUAGAAUUCAAUAAUUAUUUACUGUCGAAUACAAUUGAGUUAUUAUUAGUAUAUUAAUACACGUUCGAUAUCAUUCUACAGUAUGUUACACAGAAAGACAGAAAGAUCUAUGACAGAUUUUUAAUAUGCGUUGACUUUGUUGUCAUUAUUAUUUUUGUGUGUGUGUUUUUUUUUUUUUCUCUCUUCCUCCAACAGUCAAGAUGAUGCACAGAAGAAGAAAACAUUUUGAAAAUGCAAGUCAGAUAACGUUAUUUACUUAACGGGCGGACGAACGAAAACUAGUAUAAAUAUAGAUUAUUAUUAUUAUUAUUAUUAUUAUUAUUAUUAUUAUUAUUAUUAUUAUUAUUGAUACGUUUUAUAGGUUAAAUGAAAUAUUUAAAGGUUGGUUGUAUUUAGGAAAAAAGACGAGUUUCCUCUUAUUUUUUUUUUUUUUUUUAAAGAUUAUUUUUUCUUCAAUUAUCUUAUUUUUGUUAUUAUUGUUUGUCUUUUCCUUUUUGUGUUCGUGGAAUGUGUAUUAUGUUGUGUAUCGCUUCAUGUUUUUAUUGCCCUGUGUCAUUAUAUUUUGUAUAUUGCAUAGAUGAAGUAAUAGAUUUCAAAUACUAAUUCCUCAUUAUUUUUUGAAAAAUCUGUUGGCAACCGGAUAAAUGAUCAAUCGUUCGAUUCCUUACGCAGCGCGUAUAUGAAACAAUAAAACAAAAAAUGGUAAAUAGAAAAAUGAAAAAAAUAAAAACACGACACAAUAAUAUUCGAAAGAAUCCUGCUUCUAAAUUUUGAAAGUUUCGUGUUCUGAUUUUUAGUUCUUCGUGACGUUAAUUGGAGCCUGUUUUAAUUCGACUUUUCAUAUUAUUAUUAUUAUUAUUAAUAUUAUUAUACAUUAAUGUACCUAUAACAAUACCUUAUGAUUAAAGACAAAAAGAAAAGGGGAGGGGGACGAGCAACUAACAAUUAUUUGAAAUUGAAGAAAAGAAAAAACAGAACAAAAAUCUCUUGUAAAAAAAAAAAAGUAAUCGAUACACCGAAGUUCAUUAGAUAUGUAAGGAUAAGUAAUUAACUAAGUAUAAGGAUUUUUUUGUUAUUAAUUUUCUAUUAGAUAGGGAGUCUAUAAUUAUGUAUGAAAUUGUUGUUUUUAUCGAAACGAAGUGAUCUUUGUUUUUGUUUUUGUUUCUUUUUCAUUACUUGUUUAUACAUAUCGUUUCUUCAAAUUUUUUGCCGAUGAAACGCGCGUGCAAUAUUACUCUAUGCACGCGCCGCGAUUAAGAGAGAUUUGAAACAAGAAAGAAGAAGAAAGGAAAAAAAACGAAAUGGAAAGAAGUAACAAAGAGAGGAAAAACAAAAACAAAAUUAAAGAAAAUGAUAAAUAAUGAAUGUAAAGAAGAAAUACAUACAAAAACAAA